AAAAAAUAUAAGGAAAAUAUGUUUUUGGGGAAUAAAAGAAAUACGUGAAACUCCACUUGCAUCUUUGUAUCAUGGUAGCCUCUCUUUCCCCUUUCCGUUUAUCCACAGCAGUUCUCAACCGCCAAAGUCUGCCGCCUUUAUGUGGGAAGUCUUAUCCGCAGAAUUGGCGGUCAAUUUACUCGAAGAGGGGACGAGUGAUUGCCGCUAACAAUUCCAAAAAAGAAGACGAUGACGUCAGUGGUGGAGACCCUUCGGUUCCUUCAUGGGCUAAGCCCGGUUCAGACGAGCUUCCACCUUGGGCCCGUCAACAAGCCCAGGGAAGCUCCUCCAGCUUUGAAGUUCCCUUCUAUGUUUACUUGCUUGCAUCUGCUGUCACUGCAAUUGCGGCGGUUGGUUCAAUUUUCGAGUAUGCAAAUCAAAAACCUGUUUUCGGCGUGUUGAACUCGGACAGUGUGUUUUAUGCUCCGCUGCUUGGUUUCUUUGUAUUUACGGGCAUCCCAUCCUCUGCGUUUCUCUGGUUCAAAUCUGUUCAAGCUGCAAAUAAAGAGGCUGAGGAACAAGAUCGACAGGAUGGAUAUCUCUAGAGUUCUUUGGUCAUGGUUGUGUUGUGACUUCCAUGUAUAAAUUACUGCUUGAGUUGAUAUCAUAAGGAUGAGUUUACAUUCCGAAUAUGAGUUGAGCCCAAUUAGUUUUACUAGUCGUAUCUUUUGUCGUUUUUGUGAUAAAAUUCUUUACAGUAAAUUAGAAAUACACCUCGUGAUAAUAGCCGACUUAGCAUUUGAAUAUUCUAUGAUGUUGCCUAUUGCCCCUCUUCAGGUUACCCUUCCGUGUAUUGAAGUAUUAUAACAUCAAGUUGAGAAACUGGUUGGACAUUAGAGUAUGAAUCGGCUUAUAGCAAAAUAAUCAGUCCUGGAGAUUGUGUAGUGACACUUCAUAGGCCUAUUAUACACUUGUUCAUUCACAUUAUUGAAACAUAAUCAGUCCUGGAGAAUGCAAUUUUCAAUAUUGAUUAUGCUCUUCAGUCAUUCUGAUACCAGUUUGUCCUUCAACUUCAAGAAGAUUGAUUCUUGUGUGUUUUGCAAUCAUAAAAAUGAUGGUCCG